CUUUUCUUUCUUGUUAAAGAUUGUCCAACGACGCUCACCAUCAGACUCGACAGAUUAGAAAGAAAAACAUCAUUUAUAAGCCCCCACGUACCCCCCUUGACCCUUACGUAUUUUGCGUACCUUACCUAGAAGGUAGUGGCGCUGUAGGUAUUCAAAGGAAGGAAUGAUGGCAGGUAGGUAGGUGUAUAUCCGAUCUAAGAUCGUCGUUUCGUUUCGUUUUAUCUUUUUUCUUUUAAUUAUUUAUCUUUUUACUCACAUUUUUUCGUUCCUCUCCCCCCCAAAAAAAACUAAAACAUCCACAAGUUCUACCUGAUCGGAUUCUUUAUUGUUUUUUUGGUCUGUCCUACGCACAUAUUUCCUUUCCCCUCUCCGUGUUUCUCUUCUUGUGCGAUCUCAUUUCGCUCGCCUUCAGCUUCGAUCCUUGCAUCCAACAUCUUCGUCUACCUAUCUGGGUACUCUUUCAAACCUCGAGAAACGAUAGCUUCUCUUCCUUCCAAUCCAUUUACUUAGCUAUGCUGUCCUUACGGUAAAAGAAGAAACAAUCGAAGGGCUUCCCCAUGUUUCCGUCCAAGGUGCCUCGUGUCUUUGUCCUCGCCAGCGCCGUGCUUCUGUUCCUCGUCACUUACACUACUCUCCACCUCUACCACCGUGUUCCGCCAUCCUACCCAACAGCAGAUUCAAGAAUCGUUCCGGUUCAGGAUGCGGUGGCCAUAGAAAAGCAGCAAGAUUCAGGCCAUCGCGUUGGAACAGAGGCCGCAACCGUCAACACUUUGGACCCAGGCUCACCUGUCUCUCCUUUGAAACCAGCCAUUGAAGACGGGGGAUCAGAUCAAAGACCGCCAAUUAAGACCGGCGGAAGUACCAAUGCUGGAAGUCAGCCCGCAGAGCACCUGUUACCGUUGCCUGAUCCUAAACACUGUCGCGGAGAACUGGAGUUUUUAGUUCGCUCCAGCGUCGAGUUAGAAUUGACGGAACGUGUGCGCUACAUCCGGCGCUAUAUACAACCAAUAUUUUCCAAUAGUGUCGAUAGGGACGAUGUCGCGAACGUUACCGAGCCGCUCAUAAGGGACGAAGUAGAAGUUGACUUGUACGAUUGUGGAGAUGUUAGUCUCCCCCAAUCUAUGCCGAUUAAACUUCAUGUCCCGCGGCCCCAUCCUAAAGAGGACUUUUCUCAUCUUAUAUUCGGCGUAGCCACCAACUAUGAUCGCUUGAAGGACUCGAUUGGCCCCUUUACGCAUUGGAUAUCCGGCACCGGCGCAAACCUUGUCGCUGUCGUCAUCGACGCGAAAGAGAAGUCACAUAAGCAGAUGAAAUUAUUACAACAUGAUUUCGAUGUUGCUGGAAUUAACGCCACUUUAGUGAAGCCCAUCAACGACAGGUUCACAACCUCUCAAAACCACUUCGCCGUUCUAGUCAACAUGCUUGAGAACAGCAACCCUGACACCCAGUGGUAUGGACUCCUCGACGAUGAUACCUUCUUCCCGACUUUGAAGCCACUCUCGGAUGGUCUUGCCACGCUAAACCAUAAUGUUGAUGCCUACGUUGGCGCCCUUUCGGAGGACUUUCAGGCCGUGCGAGGCUUCGGUUUUAUGGCUUUCGGCGGUGCCGGCGCAUUUUUGUCAGCGCCACUCGCCAAUAAAUUAGGGACCCAGGCGUUCAAAUGCAUCGAUGAAGCGAUCGGUAGAGAAGGGGACACCAUUCUUCGCGAUUGUGUAUACGCCAACUCAAAAGCGAAGCUCACUAUCCUCCCGGGUCUGUAUCAACAGGACAUCACAGCUGACGUCAGUGGUUUUUUCGAAGCGGGAUUAAGACCACUGACCCUUCAUCACUGGAAGAGUUGGUACAGAGAACCAGUCGAGAAAAUGGCUAAAGCUGCCAAGUUUUGCGGGGAUUGCUUCUUGCAGCGUUGGCGCUUUGGUACGGAUACGGUCUUCUCGAACGGAUUUUCUAUUGCCACGUACAAAGAUGGGGUAGAGUCGGUCAACCUACAAUUGAUGGAGGGUACGUGGGGCCACGCGGAUAGUAAUGAUUUCGAUUUUUCGCUUGGUCCUCUCAGAGCACCCUACUCUGCAGAUCAGAAGAAGAGCUAUAAACUCAGAGACGCGGAAUUUGCAGAUAACGGAGAUUUGAAGCAAUUAUAUGUUCGAACAGGCGAUUCUUCCGCGGGCGAAUACGACCAGGUGGUCGAGCUGGUAUGGCAAAAGCAUUAGGUCAUAGGCGUUUUUGGAUCUGGGAGUAACGGGAUGAAGCGCAUUGCUUCGGUUUUGAAAAGGGCACCGAUUGGAAACGGUGACAUUGCAUAAGCACUUUUCGCGAACGGUGUUGGAGUUGGAUCGGGACCUUGUCUUAUACCCAGAUAUUUUCUUCAUGAUGAGCAUACCUCCGGCUUCUCUCCACCCCUAUUAUUGAUCACAUUUCUUCAUUUCCAUCAUUCGUGACGUGCUAUUACUUGACUCGUUAUCCCAUCUACCAGCAUAUACGUCAGUAUAGAUGCAGUACGGUGGCCAGAAUAUUCCUAUAAUAUUUUUGAACAAGUGGCUGUUCUCCCAGGUGUCAUAAUAUUGUCUAUCCUUUCUGGGAAGCUCCCGCCAACUCGGGUUAUCUCCCAAUCAAAUAUUAAAUCAACUAAUGUAUGUCUAGAUCCCUUAGUGAGGGAUUGAUUUUGGAUGAGAAAUCCUUGCCACGGAAAGACUGUUGUUGCACAUUACCUAGGUAGUUCAAAGGGCUUGUUUUGCUGUUGCAGCACAAGGAAC